CUCCCCUCCAGGCUUCUCCUCCCGGGCGCGAAGCCACCUCUCCGGCAGGUAGAGACCAUGCCUCCCAAAUUCAAGCGGCACCUGAACGACGACGAAGUAACGGGCUCCGUGAAGAGCGAGCGGAGGAACCUGUUGGAGGAAGAUUCGGAUGAAGAGGAAGACUUUUUCUUGAGAGGGCCUUCUGGACCAAGAUUUGGACCCAGGAAUGACAAGAUCAGGCAUGUCCAGAACCAGGUGGACGAAGUCAUCGACGUUAUGCAGGAGAACAUCACGAAGGUGAUUGAAAGAGGCGAGCGGCUGGAUGACCUACAGGAUAAAUCAGAGUUAUCAGACAAUGCAACAGCUUUUAGCAACAGAGCCAAGCAGCUUCGGAGACAGAUGUGGUGGCGAGGCUGCAAGAUGAAGGCGAUCAUAGCACUGGUGGCAGUCAUUCUCCUCCUUGUGAUCAUCGUACCCAUAGUCCUGAAGUACCAUACCUGAUGUGGCAGCUGGAGGCUUCGGUGGAGCUGGCUCUGGGAUAACCAAACUGCUGUGUAAUUUAAGUGACAUAUCUGUAUAUAGCUUUGAAGUUGUUUUUCUUCAAGGAGUGAGGAGGCAGAGGCAAGUAGCCAGUUCUAACAGAGCAUUUUGAGAACUGCCAAAUGACCCU